CCCUGUCGCUCCGGCCUGUCAGCUGUUCGCAGUCCCGGUGUUUAAAUCCUCAGAUUCACCCACAACAGCAGCUUCCUGUCGGUUAUCAUGACUUCCAACAACAUGUCGGACCCGAAGAGACUCAACAAGAUACUAAGGUACAAGGCCCCCAGCACCGAGUCCAACCCCACCCUGGAAGACCCCACGCCGGACUACAUGAACCUGCUCGGCAUGAUCUUCAGCAUGUGUGGGCUGAUGCUCAAGUUGAAGUGGUGCGCUUGGAUCGCAGUCUACUGCUCUUUCAUCAGUUUCGCAAACUCCAGAAGCUCAGAGGACACCAAGCAGAUGAUGAGCAGCUUCAUGUUGUCCAUCUCAGCAGUCGUCAUGUCCUACCUCCAGAACCCACAGCCGAUGUCGCCGCCAUGGUAACCGAGCGCCAACCGCUGAAGAGCCAGUGAGCCGUGGACGCCGGAGUGGGUGACGAGACAGCUGAUCGGCCCCCGCGGGCCAUUGGUGGGCGGGGGGAAGAAGCAGAGACUGAAGGAGAAGAUAAUUUGAUAGAAAGAGAAGAAGAGACAGAAAGCAGAUGUCCACGAGAGGUAGACAUAAGGACAGUACGUCUAGAUGGAGACAGCUAAUGGUUUUUGACUGUGUUCUCAUGUGUUUCUCUUUUUAAUCUUUUUCUAAGUCUUUUGGUUGUUGAUGAAAAUCUUGAAAUUUUACUCUUUUGGCCGAUCUGUGGCAGGAUCCCGUCAAUAAAGUUGUACAGAUUUAAAA